UGCCUGCCUGCCUGACUGGAAGAUUAAAUUGGAUCAAUCGAUGGGUGCUUUGUGUUGUUCAGUUCUAUUUCCAGUGCCACCUUUCUGAGCUCCACUAGAGAAGGUUAUAGCCAGAAUUUCGAAUAAUAAACAUCCAAAUGCAAAUAUUGGAGACCCGUUAAAAGACAAUAGCCCUAGCCGCGAUUUGGGAUAGUCUUCAUUGGAGUGGGCUAUGCCCGUCAGGCGACGAUCCUCGACGUUGUAAUGGGCAACCGGAUAGGAUCAACGGGCGCCGAGGAAGGGGCUGCCGGCGAGGGGGGCAACUUUGGCUUCAAUACCCGACGACGCUAUCAGCAGCACAAGCGGGAGUACUGCCUCCAGAACGAGUACCGCUCAAAGACCCUGCCCGCCCGCCCCACACCUCUCCAGCCACAGAAGCAGUCACACCCACAGACCAGGUUGGGAUCCAGCAGUUGCCUGGGUGGUGGCCAGAAUACCUCAAGCAACAACAACAGCUCCACACCACCGCACAAUGGAGAGACGUCGAGGGUGCUCUUUCUGCUCUACUUGAUCCACCGCACCUGGAACGUGGUCAUGGACACUAUGGACUCACGCACCAAGAGUCGGUCACCGCGUGGCUCUACCCCCCAAAAAGAAACGCCCGUGGAAAUGGAACUCCAAGAACGUAAUCUUGACGAGGAGUGCUCCAUUGGCAUCACUGACAUGGACGCCUCCUCCUUCUGUUCCCAGUACUCCUGCUGCAGUUGUAGCUACUGCGAUGAGGGAACAGCAGGCACAGCCACAAAUGUCUACAGCUCCAUUGAAGAUGAGUACUCCCUGGACUCCAUGUUCGAUGCAGCAAAGUCAGUAAUCGAAAGCGACAGCUCCACUCUGCAACGUCCCCACCACCGUCCAGCUCCACGACCACAUCCACAUCCACAUCCACAGCCACAUCCAAGCCACCUCCAGAUGGCGCCCAGUGUGUGCGAGAAGGCGAGUAAGCCGGCAUCGGCCACGGCUACCCAGACGAUCAAAACAGGUGGAGCGUCCAGUACCUCCGGAUCGAACAAGUGCGGUGCCAGUAGCGUCAAUGGAUCUCUGGCCUCCUACAAGAUAGGUGGAUCUGAACAGAGCUGGCCUCAGGCUGCUUCCUACAGUAAGGAAAACCAACGACCACCUGUCUACAAUCCGGAGGAUUAUGUCUACUCUCUGAAGAAGUUCACCAAGGGCAGCAGCUCCUCCAAAAAACAAUCCAUCUACGAUGUCGGCAUUAGUAUAACUGCCAAAGAAGAGGCCGCCAGGUCGGCCACUUUGCCAGCCAAGCACUCGGAGUACAAAUCUCCCAUUCCUGCCCCGCCAGAGAAUGAUCGAGAAAUGUCCCUGCGACAGUUUGGCUCCAUAACAGACUUACUAACCAAGCUGAGAGCCGAUCUUCGAACGGCUUUUCCCAGCUUUGUCCAGGAGUUUGUGGCCACACCUUCGGAUGGUAUAAGCCACUUGCUGGAGGUCCUGCGAGCCAUACAAAUGGCCCAGGCCAGCAAUGCUCCUGGACCCAUGUCGGGAACCAGCAACUCCUUGGCCAUGACCAGGAAUCCCCAGAGCUACCAGCGUCGAGCCCUGCUGGAUGAGCUUUCCUGCCUGCAGUGCCUGAGUAUCUGCUGCUCCCGAUCUCUGGAUGCCAUUGCCCGCUUGGGGAACACACCCGUGGGUCUCAUGCCACUGGCUUCCUCGGCCACGGGCCAGGGCAUUAGGGGUCGAAUUCUAGCCCUUCAGCUGCUGGCCUCCGCCUGCGAUCGCCAGCCCUUUGCCAACAGUGGCGGUGGCGAUCAGGUGGCCAACUCUGGGCACACGGCCGUCUCAGAGGCCAUGUCCACGUUGCGACUGAGAUGCAGUGAACCAGUGCGGUUCCGGCUACUCGUUGGCAUCCUCAACAGCGGUGGCGGAUCCGGAGAGCUACAGUGUGCGGGUGUCAAAUUUCUCAAUACCUUCAUUGAGAGUGCAGCCAGCAUCCAGCAACGUUUGUACAUCCAGGCGGAGCUCUUCCAGGCGGGUCUGGACCCUAGCACCUUGGCGCGCACCAUCUCCUCCUCCUCGCCCUGGCUAGAUGCCCUGAAGGCGGAGGUGAAGCGGUUCAAUGAACUGCACAUCGACGUGGACAAGAUGAUGGCCCAGGCCAGAGAUGCGGAUCGAGUGCGCAGCCAAAUGGUGAUCUUGGAGAGAAGAGUCCAGAUCCUGCACGAGGAAAAGGCCGUCCUCACCUCCAUGGAGCGGAGGCUACAGGAGCGGUGUGCCGAGUUGCAGCGUGAGAUCUUCCGCCUGCAGGGAGCCCAGCAGGACUCCAAAUUCAAGGAGUCCUCUCACCAGCCAGUUGCCUUGCCCCGUCAAGUCACGCCGGCCACGAAGAAAGGAAAACAUAGCUCAGAGCACGAAGAUGAGGGCAUCAGCAGUUCGGAAACUGGUGCCUCCCUAAGUCCAGUGCCAAUACUCGUCCUGCCCUCCAAGGCCAAGAAACAGUCCAGAAAGGUGGCACCGGCUGAUGAUGAUGACGAUGCGGCCACCAUCGAGGACGUGAUCGAGGAGUUGGACAACAUUGUGAGCGAAGCGGAGAAACAGAUCAGCAGCCAGGCGGGCAGUACCUCCAGGAUCAGGAUACGCCAGCAUAGACCUGCCGUCGAGGAGGACAUAGUCCCGGUGAACAUAGUUCCCCAACCGCCGAGGAAGGCCCGAUCCCUGGCCCACUUGAUGCCGCGAACUGACUGCUCGGAGCAGGAUGGCUCGGAGUACGGUAUGGUCCUUCAUCAGCCCGGAGAUCCCGAUGCCGCCGAGCGCCUGGCCGCCAUGCAGACCUUCUUCGACGAGGUUGACUACGAUGCCCCCGAAACAGACCAGCCAUCCGCCUACCAGAUGGAGUCUCCCACGCCGGACAUGCCGGAGGCGACUGCCGCCGCGACGGCCUACAAUGCCAGCACCAACCGGGAGCUCCUGGACGUGAUCAUGAAUGCCAGACAUGACGAACAUGAUCCUACCAUGCAAGCCCUUCGGAAGAGUAUCCAGGAACCGGUCCAGGCUGCGCCUCAGGUCUCCGUUUCCCACCACCAUCAUCCCGUCAAGGUCAAGGCACCAGCUCCGCCGCCGCCCACGCCGCCUGCCCAGCAAUUCAAUGGCGUGUUCUUCAUGACGGGCAUGAAUACCCCGCAGAAGUAUCCCAAGCCGGAUAUCACGGCUGCCCUGCAGGCACGGCGUGUGACCAAGAAUGUGGAGCGUCUGGAGGCGGCCUUCGCCUCGUCCCACGAAGCCCUCAAUGACUCCCCGCGGGAGAAGUCGCGAAGCAAUCAGCAAAUCUACUUCACCAGCAACCCGGCCAUGCGAACCAUGCACCACGACACCCCAGGAUAUCCCAGUGGCAAUAUGGGAAAAGGACCCACGGCACGUACUCGCUCGUACACCCAAGGAUCCAUGUCCAAGGUGACGGACCUGCCAUCGGGCCUCUACUGAAAUCCAGAAUCUCUUCAACUCCAAAUCCUGUGCAAUAGCAAAUCCAAUCUUAGGUUACCGUUUAGCCCAUCAGAUCAGCGUAUUUAUAGAAGAAAUCAUUCCAGUUAAUCGAGUUAUUUUUUUUAUUUUUAGUACGGAUAUAUAUUUUAUGUAAUAUCUCAAUUUAGAUUAGUUACGGUGGCAGCUUCAACCGGGUAUCUUAGCCGAUAAGACUUAGAUUUUA